AUGGCAAUAACCUUACCCAAAUUAAAAUAUGCAUUAAAUGCAUUAUCACCCCAUAUAAGUGAAGAAACAUUAAACUUUCACUAUAAUAAGCAUCAUGCUGGUUAUGUAAAUAAGUUAAACGGAUUAAUCAAGGAUACCCCAUUAGCUAAUAAAUCUUUAGCAGAUAUUUUAAAGGAAUCUACAGGUGCAAUCUUUAAUAAUGCAGCACAAAUAUGGAACCAUAGUUUUUAUUGGGAUUCCAUGGGUCCUAAUUGUGGAGGAGAACCACACGGAGAAAUAAAAGAUAAAAUUCAAGAAGAUUUUGGAUCUUUUAAUAAUUUCAAAGAACAAUUUUCAAAUAUUUUAUGUGGUCAUUUUGGUUCAGGAUGGGGAUGGCUAGCAUUAAAUAAUAAUAACAAAUUAGUAAUUUUACAAACACAUGAUGCUGGAAAUCCAAUAAAAGACAACACCGGUAUUCCUAUAUUAACAUGUGAUGUAUGGGAACAUGCUUAUUAUAUUGAUUAUAGAAAUGACAGAUUAUCAUAUGUUAAAGCAUGGUGGAAUUUAGUAAAUUGGAACUUUGCCAAUGAAAAUUUGAAAAAAGCUUUAAAUAAAUAA